ACGAUCAAUAGCCCGAUGGUCGGCACGUUCUACCUGUCGUCGAGCCCCGACGCGGCGCCGUUCAUCAAGAUUGGCGACCAGGUCGGCCCCGACACCACGAUCUGCAUCAUUGAAGCCAUGAAAGUCUUCAACGAGAUCCCCGCCGAGACGAGCGGCAAAAUCACGGCGGUGCUGGUCGAGAACGGCAUGCCGGUCGAAUUCGGCCAGCCGCUCUUCCGUAUAGAGAUCCUGAUCGCGAACCGCGGCGAGAUUGCCCUGCGGGUGAUCCGCGCCUGCAAAGAGAUGGGCAUCGAGUCGGUCGCCGUCUUCAGCGAAGGGGACCGCGGCUCCAACUACCUGUCGCUGGCCGACGAGGCCUACUGCAUCGGCCCGGCGAGGGCGUCGGAGAGCUACCUCAAGAUCGCCAACGUCAUCGCGGCGGCCGAGGUUGGCAACGUCGAGGCGAUCCACCCGGGCUUCGGUUUUCUGUCCGAGAACGCCCACUUCAACGAGAUCUGCCGCAACUGCCAGAUUGACUUCAUCGGCCCCUCGCCCGAGGCGAUGGCCAAGCUCGGCGAUAAGAACACGGCCCGCGAACUGGCCCGUCAGGCCGGUGUGCCGGUGGUGCCCGGUAGCGCGGGGUGCAUCAGCGAAGAGUCCGAGGCGGUGAAGUUCGCCCACGAGGUCGGCUUCCCCGUGCUGAUCAAGGCGACCGCCGGCGGCGGCGGCCGCGGCAUGCGUGUCGCCUCGAACGACCUGGCGCUCAAGUCGGCGUUGCAACAAGCCCGCGCCGAGGCCGAGGCCGCGUUCGGCAACGGCGACGUCUAUCUCGAGAAGUACAUCGAGCACCCGCGCCACGUCGAGGUGCAAGUCCUCGCCGACAAGCACGGCAACGCCAUCCACCUCUGGGAACGCGACUGCUCCACCCAGCGGCGGCACCAGAAGCUCAUCGAAGAGUCGCCGAGCCCGAAUAUCAACGAAGAGACGCGGCAGGAGAUGUGCGAGGCGGCGGUGCGCCUCAUCAAGGCCGCCGAUUACUCCAACGCGGCGACCGUCGAGUUCAUCGUCGAUAAGGACGGCAACUUCUACUUCAUCGAAGUCAACGCCCGCAUACAGCUCGAGCACCCGGUCACCGAACUAGUCACCGGCGUCGAGCUGAUCAAG